AUGUCUGCCUCACCUACAGCAGCCCCUACCCAGUCGACGAAGCGACCUCUCGAAGAUCCCUCAUCUCCAUCUGCCCCCAAUGAUCAACCAGAGGCAAAGCGACCCGCUCUCGACAAGGUUGUCAGAGGCGACAAUGUAGAGGAGGUUCCAGAAGCUCUCGAACCCCCCGUUGUGAGCUCCAACGGUGAACACAAGACGACCGAGGCUACCAAUGGUACGAAGACUGACGAGAAGGACGGACAAGGCGAUACGGUAGUCCCAGAUGCAGGUGCCCAAAUCACCCAGGGCACUGCUACAUCGACCAAAGAUCUCCCGAGCAGUGGUUCAUCUCUCCAACACGACGAAAGUGGUUGGAUUCAUAUUCGUGCUGUCAUUACUAGUCCCGAAGCUGCUACCGUCAUUGGCAAGGGUGGAGAAAAUGUGUCUUUGAUCCGCAAGCUGUCUGGUGCGAAGUGUACUGUCAGCGACUACCAAAAGGGUGCAGUAGAGAGAAUUCUCACAGUCAGUGGUGUAGUUGAUGCUGUAGCAAAGGCUUUCGGUUUGAUUGUCAGAACAAUCAGCAACGAACCCCUUGACAUUCCCUCGACUGCUCAGUCCAAGACCUAUCCUCUCCGCCUGCUUAUUCCACACAUCCUCAUUGGCUCAAUCAUCGGCAAGGGAGGUAUGAGAAUCCGUGAGAUUCAAGAAGCUUCAGGUGCACGCCUCAAUGCCUCUGAUGCUUGCCUUCCCCUGUCUACUGAGCGUUCACUUGUUGUUCUCGGUGUCGCUGAUGCUUCUCACAUUGCAACUUAUUAUGUUGGCAGUACCCUUUAUGAGCAGCUCUCAGAACGAUUCGGUGGCCCUGCUGCUUCAGCUUAUGCUUCCCGAAGUGGUGGACCAGCAGGCGUUGUACCAGGAGGCAUGCAAGUAGUUCCAUAUGUUCCCCAACCAGCUGGUGGAAGCUAUGGUCACCCCGAGAAUCGCCGCCAUGUGGACCGUGGUCACCACACUCCCGCCAAUUCUUAUGGUCAACCAUAUGCUGCUCAUGGUCAAGCUCCCCAACAACAACAACCCCAAGUUCCCAUGCACUAUGGUGGCUCACCCGCCGUUGGCGGAUAUGGCGGAGUUGGUCCACAACAGCCACAACAACCUCAUGUUGGCGGACCACAAUCGCAUGCAGGCCCACCGGCUCAGCCAAUGCAAGGAAUGGUUCCUGGUCAACCAUUAACUCAGCAAAUCUUCAUUCCAAACGACAUGGUUGGCGCUAUCAUUGGCAAAGGUGGUGCGAAGAUCAAUGAGAUUCGACAACUGAGUGGCUCCGUCAUCAAGAUCAACGAACCCCAAGACAACAGCAACGAGAGACUGGUUACGAUCACUGGAACUGCCGAAUGCAAUCAAAUGGCCCUAUACAUGUUGUAUUCAAGACUUGGUACGUUAGAAAACUCAUGAACGUGAACGACAAUACGCUUACGUAACUCAACAGAGAGUGAAAAGCACCGCAUCUAGAGCGGGGAUAUAAUAUUGAUGACACUUCACGGUAUGCUUAUGGGAUUUGCUUUUCAGCGGCGCUGGGCAUCACGGGGUUCAUUACCACCAAACAAAAGCUUGGGAGCGUGCGGCCUUUGAGACGGUGGCUCUUCGCUCGAUUCCUGGCAUCUACAUACUUUGGUCGGCAGGUGAUGGGUGGAACCUUUUCGACAUGUAUUCACCUAGCAUAGAAAUAAUGCAUUUCUGUGAUCUAUGACCUGUU